AUGAGCAGUGCAAAGGCUUCCAGCAUCGACGUCACACUGCCUCAAGCGCACGAAGAGUCCCGCUCGCUGGAGUCGCCGUUCACCGACGAUCACAGAGCGAAUUUGAGCCAGUCUGCGGAAAACGAGCAACAUCUCCAUUCCAGAGCAUCUGGUGAGGAAGACACAGAAAGAAGAGACGAUUUGGAGACCGAAUCGGAUAGCGAUCUGGAUUAUGCUGUGCCUCCGAGGAAGGAGCACUCAAGGAGACCAAAUGACAACGCGUUUCAGCAGCAGCGUCUCAAAGCGGUGAAUCCGGUCAUUACCGCUAAAUGGCUCAUUUCGAUCUUCUUGGGAAUGGGGGUUUUUCUCAUUCCUUUGGGUGGUGCCAUGUGGUUGGCUGCCCACAGAGUGCAAGACUUGAAGAUUGACUACUCACAGUGUGAAAAUUUGGCGUCGUUGGACCAUUGGCUGCCUAUUCCAGAGAAGUACACUACAUACAACUACCACGGAAACAAACAGGUGCAGCAGGCGCAGUGGAGGUUGGACACGGACGAAAGCCAGCCGUUUGAAGACGAAAGACGCGUCUGCAGAAUCCAGUUCCACGUUCCCCACGACUUGAAGUCGCCUCUUUACUUUUUUUACCGGCUCGAGAAGUUUUCCCAGAACCAUAGAAGGUACGCCAAAUCCUUCUCUGAAGACCAGAUUGAGGGAAAAGCUGCCUCUUUGAAUUCCAUCAAGGGCAGUGUCGGUGAGAACUGCGAGCCUCUUUCGCAGAACGAUGAGGGUAAAAAGUACUACCCUUGUGGGCUUAUAGCCAAUUCUUUGUUCAACGACACGUACAGCUCGACUUUGCGGGGUGUCAACGGCACCUCAGAAGAUUACGUGAUGUCCCGGAAGAACAUCGCCUGGUCCACGAAUAAAAACAGGUUCAAGAAGACCAAGUACAGUCACACCGAAAUUGCUCCGCCCCCAAACUGGUACAAGCGGUUCCCAAACGGCUACAACGAGACGAAUGUGCCUGACAUUUCCACAUGGGAGGACUUUCAAAACUGGAUGUUUACGUCAGCGCUUCAGAACUUCAACAAAUUGUAUAUGAAGAAUGUGAACGAGCUGCUUAAGGAAGGUAUUUACGAGGUGUCUGUUGGGUUACACUUCCCUGUGUUGCCGUACGAGGGAAAGAAGAUGAUCUUCAUCUCUCAGCGUUCAGCCAUUGGUGGCAAGAACUUCUUCCUUGGCUUCUCCUGGAUUGCCGGCGGAGCCGUGUGUUUGAUCAUGGGCAUUCUCAUUCUUGUGUUGAACACCAUCAAGCCUAGAAAACCCGGAGACGAGCAACUACUCAGCUGGGUCCGGGAAUCCAUGAAGGAGGACUCGAAGGACACUCCUAAUGAGAACUCUGUCAGCGGAUCGUCGGGCGGCACCAAGGGCAACAGCGACUAG